AUCGAGCGAUUGGAAGUCAGCAGCCUAGCGCAGACCUCCAGCGCAGUGGCCUCGAGCACUGAUGGCAGCAUCAAUGCAGACUCUGUUGAUGGGACCCCAGACCCUCAACGUACAAAAGUGGCGAUCACACACCUGCAACAGAAGAUACUGAAGCUGACUGAGCAGAUCAAAAUCGAACAAACGGCCCGUGAUGACAAUGUGGCAGAGUACCUGAAACUGGCCAACAAUGCAGACAAGCAGCAGAGUGCCCGCAUUAAGCAAGUGUUUGAGAAGAAAAACCAAAAGUCAGCCCAGACCAUCUCGCAGCUGCAGAAGAAACUAGAACAUUACCACCGAAAGCUGCGAGAGAUUGAACAGAAUGGGAUCCCUCGGCAGCCGAAGGAUGUCUUCAGGGAUAUGCAUCAGGGCUUGAAAGAUGUUGGAGCAAAAGUCACUGGCUUCAGUGAGGGAGUAGUAGACAGCGUGAAAGGUGGGCUUUCCAGUUUCUCCCAAGCCACGCAUUCAGCAGCAGGAGCUGUGGUUUCCAAACCCCGGGAGAUUGCCUCUCUCAUAAGAAACAAGUUUGGGAGUGCAGACAACAUUGCUAAUCUGAAAGACUCCUUAGAAGAAGGCCAGGAAGAUGGGACAGGAGGCAAGGCUCUAGGUGUUAUUCAGAACUUUCAGUCAAGCCCAAAAUAUGGCAGUGAAGAGGAUUGCUCCAGUGCCACGUCGGGCUCUGUGGGAGCCAACAGCACCACAGGGGGCCCUGUGGGAGCUUCCAGCUCCAAAACAAACACUCUGGAUAUGCAGAGCUCAGGGUUUGAUGCAAUACUGCAUGAGAUACAAGAAAUUCGAGAGACACAGGCAAGACUGGAAGAAUCAUUUGAGGACCUCAAGGUUCGCUAUCAGAGGGAUUACUCAUUGAUAAUGCAGACUCUGCAGGAGGAGCGGUACAG